GUGGCGAUCGGUGUCAGUCAGUCAGUCAGUGCAGUGCAGUGCGCGGCGCUCGGGACCCGGACCGUAAGUGGACACAAGAUUGGUUCAGUGGAGGAGCUGGAUCCAGUGGGUUUCCCCUUCAAAAGUCCCCUUCUCUUUUUAUGAUUUACCAAUGGAGUCUCCAGUCCAUGUGCUGCACCAUUAGUGAUUGUAGCAGCCUGCUACCAUGGAGAAAAAACGGAGAAAGAAAUGAGAGCCUUCAGAGCUGGGCUGUACUGCCAACCAUGAGAGCAGAAAUAACCUCUUGUGCUAACUGUUCGUGCAAAUCAAACAGCAACAAGAGAAUAUUAUCAGUGCGGAAAAUGAACUAACCCAAGUGGACAGUACAAACGGAUCGGAUUUCUGGAUCUUCGAAACUAUUUAUGAUCUUGUGACCAUGCGAUUGGCGAGCAUCUGGCUGCUGUUGGUAGUGAUUAUAUUGUGCAGUGGGGGACGUCUCGGUACAGAGCUGCGAAAUAGGAGUUCCAUAAGGGGCACCGUCCUUUGUCCAAAUUGUACCAAUCUGUCGCUGAAGGUGGAAUACACUUCCAUUGCUGUGGAGCAUGAGUACAUUGUGGCUUUCAAGGGAUACUUCACUGCCACAGCCAGAGGCAAGUUUAUUUCGAGUGCACUGAAAAACACAGAUGUGGUGGAAUGGCGAAUCGUUCCUCGUGACAAUCCUGCCAGUGAAUACCCGAGCGAUUUUGAGGUGGUUCAGAUCAAAGAGAAGCAGCGAGACACUGUCCUGACCCUGGAGGGACAUCCACACAUCAAGCGAGUUACGCCUCAAAGGAAAGUCAUCCGCUCUCUCAAAUUCACCGAGACAGAUCCAGUUGUGCCAUGUAAUGACACGCGAUGGACACAGAAGUGGCAGUCCUCAAGACCUCUCAGGAGAACCAGCCUCUCCCUGGGCUCUGGAUUCUGGCACGCUUCAGGCAGACACUCGAGCCGGCGACUGUUGAGGGCCAUCCCUCAGCAGGUAGCUCAGACCCUACAGGCGGAUGUGUUGUGGCAGAUGGGACACACAGGUGCUGGUGUGAAGGUAGCGGUGUUUGAUACAGGACUUAGUGAAAAACAUCCUCACUUCAGAAAUGUGAAAGAGAGAACAAACUGGACCAAUGAGAAGACUUUGGAUGAUGGCUUGGGUCACGGCACAUUUGUAGCAGGAGUGAUUGCCAGCAUGCGGGAAUGCCAAGGGUUCGCACCUGAUGCAGAGCUGCACAUCUUCAGAGUCUUCACCAACAACCAGGUCUCGUACACCUCCUGGUUCCUGGAUGCCUUCAAUUAUGCUAUUCUGAAGAAGAUUGAUGUUCUGAACCUCAGCAUUGGUGGACCAGACUUCAUGGACCAUCCUUUCGUGGACAAGGUUUGGGAGCUGACGGCGAACAAAGUCAUCAUGGUCUCUGCAAUUGGCAAUGAUGGACCACUUUAUGGCACCCUCAAUAAUCCUGCUGACCAGAUGGAUGUAAUUGGUGUGGGUGGUAUCGACUUUGAGGACAACAUGGCUCGAUUCUCCUCCAGAGGAAUGACAACUUGGGAGCUUCCCGGGGGCUAUGGCAGGAUGAAGCCUGACAUUGUGACCUACGGUUCCGGGGUCCGAGGCUCUGGGAUGAAGGGUGGCUGCCGUUCGCUUUCAGGAACCAGCGUGGCGUCACCGGUGGUGGCGGGGGCAGUCACUCUGCUCGCAAGCACUGUGCAGCACCGUGAGCUUGUCAAUCCAGCCAGUAUGAAACAAGCCCUCAUCGCUUCUGCCCGCAGACUGCCUGGAGUUAACAUGUUUGAACAGGGCCAUGGAAAGCUGGAUCUGCUGAAAGCCUAUCAGAUUCUGAAAAUCUACAAGCCUCAGGCUAGCCUAAGUCCCAGCUACGUUGACCUGACCGAAUGCCCUUACAUGUGGCCCUACUGCUCCCAGCCCAUUUAUUAUGGAGGCAUGCCAACUAUAGUCAACCUUACAAUCUUAAACGGCAUGGGGGUCACUGGUAGAAUCGUUGACAAGCCCAUAUGGCAGCCUUAUUUGCCCCAAAAUGGAGACAACAUUGAGGUAGCUUUCUCCUAUUCCCAGGUUCUCUGGCCUUGGUCUGGCUUCCUGGCCAUAUCCAUAUCUGUCGCCAAGAAAGCUGCCUCUUGGGAAGGGAUUGCUCAAGGUCACGUGAUGGUUACCAUUGCCUCGCCCGCUGAAAAUGAUUCUAAAAGUGGUAAUGAAAUGACAUCGACCAUAAAGCUGCCAAUCAAAGUGAAGAUCAUUCCAACGCCACCCCGCAGUAAGAGAGUCUUGUGGGAUCAGUACCAUAACCUGCGCUACCCUCCUGGAUACUUCCCCAGGGACAAUUUACGCAUGAAAAAUGACCCAUUGGAUUGGAAUGGUGACCACAUACACACCAACUUCAGAGACAUGUACCAGCACCUGCGGAGCAUGGGAUAUUUUGUGGAGGUCCUCGGAGCACCUAUCACCUGUUUUGAUGCCAGUCAGUAUGGCACUUUGCUGAUGGUAGACAGUGAAGAGGAAUACUUUCCUGAGGAGAUCACCAAACUGAGGCGAGACAUUGAUAAUGGCCUGUCUCUAGUCGUUUUUAGUGACUGGUACAACACAUCUGUAAUGAGAAAAGUAAAGUUCUACGAUGAAAACACAAGGCAAUGGUGGAUGCCGGACACUGGGGGGGCUAACAUCCCAGCGCUCAAUGAUUUACUGUCAGUGUGGGGAAUGGCUUUCGGUGAUGGCCUGUAUGAAGGAGACUUCAGCAUGGCAAACCAUGACAUGUAUUAUGCCUCAGGCAGCAGCAUUGCUAAGUUUCCAGAGGAUGGAUUGGUUCUUGCUCACACUCUAAAAGACCAAGGACUGGAAGUAUUAAAGCAGGAGACCAAGAUUGUGAAUAAUGUCCCUGUGCUUGGAUUGUACCAGACGCCCUCUGAAGGUGGUGGCCGUGUUGUUUUGUAUGGAGAUUCCAAUUGCCUGGAUGAUAGCCAUCGACAGAAAGACUGUUUCUGGUUGCUCGAUGCUCUCCUUCAGUACACCUCUUAUGGAGUGAUGCCCCCAAGUCUAAGCCACUCGGAGAACAGGCAGCAACCACCUUCUGGCCUUGAUCACCCUCUACCUGAGAGGAUGGAAGGCAACCACUUAUAUCGGUUUUCCAAGGUUCUGGAGCCUCACCUUGCAGAUCCCAAGCCCCGUCCUCUGCCAGCAUGCCCUCACCUCUCCUGGGCCAAACCACAGCCUCUAAACGAGACUGCACCAAGUAAUCUCUGGAAACACCAGAAACUAUUAUCCAUUGACCUGGACAAAGUGAUUUUCCCGAAUUUUAAGCAAAGCCGUCCUCAAGUGCGUCCCUUAUCACCAGGUGAAAGUGGGGCUUGGGAUAUUCCUGGAGGUAUAAUGCCCGGCCGAUAUAACCAAGAUGUGGGACAGACCAUUCCGGUCUUUGCUUUCCUCGGUGCUAUGGUGGUGCUGGCCUUCUUUGUGGUGCAAAUUAACAAAUCGAAGAGCAAGCCAAAGAGACGGAAGCCACGAGUUAAACGCCCGCUACUACUGCAGCAGGUGCACCCGCCAAAAACCCCGUCCGUGUGACAACACCAGCCACAUUCGCAAGGACACAGAGAGUUGUGCUGUGGGCUGCUCCAAUGGCCACAGGUUUCUUUUGCAAAUGAUACCCAGUGAAGGUGGCUGAUAGCACGGCUCGUGUCAAAAGAGCAGACACGCAAAUACCAUUGGCCGAAUGGAGGAGACCUUUUGAAGCAAUCACACUUACCAAAGACGUUGCAUUUGGUUGAUAACUAUUUAUAUUUCCCUGGGAACUGUUCCAAACCCACUCAGUCAGUGGAUACUGGGAAACUCUUUCUUCAUUUCUUGGUUUUAUUUCAUGUGUAAUCAUGUAGGACGUUCAUUCCUGAUGGGAGCGAUUAUUGUUUCAAAUGUAUUUUGUAAUAUGAAUUCCACGAUCCAACCAUGGUUUAUGCAAAGAUUGAAUUGCGGACUUUCAACAAAUGAAUGACGGUGUGAUCUGGCAAGAAUGAUGGACUGAGGGGAAAGUGCACCCUGUUGAGGCGGGGAGGGGGAUGUGGGGCUCUGUGCUUGAAUUGACUUAUUUUUAUAAAAUGGAAAUACCAUAACAUUCUGUAAAUAUUUAAGAUGGCAGUUCAACGACGUACUUUCACCAUUGUCGGUGGAAUAAAUUUACAGGCUCUGCAAAUGCA